GUAUCAAUAUGCUUUUAAAACGAACCAAGAAGUCCUCUGAUGUGCAGAAGAAUGAUUCGGAGAUUACUGUAGGUGGUGAAUCAAAUGAAUCAGACCAGUGUGAUACAACUAAUGAAAUAUCCUCAAACAAAGCUGAAUUGCCAGGGAUGACGUCAGCUGUCAACGAAACUACCAAAAGUUUCAAUAAUUCAGUUGUAAAACGACGAGUAGCUGGUGCCUUUAAGAAAGUGAAACAAACAAUAACAGUAGCUAACUUGAAGAGUAGUUGGAACACGUCAUCUGUGUCCUCACUGUCACGUGGUAAAAUUGAGCCAUCCAGUGGAAACAGUGAAGAGUCAUCAUGGUCAGAACCACAGCCAUUAGAUAAUACUUCAGUUGACAAAGUAAUGAACCUAGAUGACUUUAUAACUAGUGUGCUACGUCAAACGGAAGGUGAAACUGUCGAAGCACUAUAUGAUAAAUAUUUAUUACCAUCACUCAAUGAAAGGAUAAGAAAAGAUUCAUCUGUACAACAAAAUAAUGCCAAUCUUGAGACACGUGAGGAAGUAUCAGAUAAAUUGAUGGUCGAUGAUGAUGUAAAUUUAGACCAAUUAAUGAAUGAUGCUAUAAAGAGGUCGCUGACAUUAUCAACUAGUCAAGUGUAUAAAGAAUAUUUUGAAAGUGCUACAAAUGAUAAAAUUUACGAACAAAUUGUUCGUCUGGGGGAUGAUUUCAUGAAUACAGAUCAGUCAAAUGAAGAUAACAAAGUUAUUGGAUUCAUACUACAAAACAGUGAGACAGAUGGGCAAGAAUUGUUACCAGAUUGCAGUAAUGGUGAAAAUGGAUUUACCGAUGAAAAACAAGAGAUAAGUGUGAACAAUAAGGAGAAUGACUUACCUCUUCACGGUACAUGGGUUGAAUGUGUAUUGUGUUUAAAAUGGAGGUUUUUAGAAGAAAUUUUAGAUCCAAGCCUUCUUAUUGAAUCUUGGCAUUGUGGACUUCAGCAGAAAUAUAAAACUACUGAUAAAUCACAAACUGAAGCUAACGUUUAUGCGAUAAAUCCUUGCGAUGAACCACAACAAGCAUUGGAAACCGAUGAAAUUUCUAAUUCAUACGUCUAUACAAAGUUUACUGCUGGCUCAUUAGUAUGGGCUAAAUUAGAUGGUUAUCCUGAAUGGCCAGCUAUGAUAGACUGUGAUGCAACAGGUCAAUUUGCUGAAUUUGAUGAAGAGACUAGAGAAGUGAUUCGUUAUUCUGUUGUUUUUUUGGAUCCCAAUUUAGUCACUCGUCAGUCUAUUAGAGCUAAUCGGAUUAGAAAGUAUUUAUAUGGUGAAGAGGAAAAGAUAUCGAAGAGUUCACGGUUUUAUCAUGCACUGAGAAGAUCUAUUGAAGAAAUUGAAAAGGCUUCACACAUGUCUUUGGAGGAACGUAUUUAUACCUAUGGUUAUCCAUACUCAGAAAACAAAAAUGAAAAUAUGCAUGAGAUGAAGAAGAUUAAAAAGGUGAGCGAACGAAAACCCUCCAACAAAAAUCUCACUGGUCAUAAGAAGAGUAGUCCACAAUCAAAGAAGAUGAAUGAGAUAAUCAGUCCCAACGUAACUCCUUUAAAUGACACAAAAGAUGUUCCACUGAAUAGCGAUCAAAACAUGGAUGAAGAUUGCAAGGAGGAACGUAUAAUGAUUACACAUGAACAAUAAAUGAACUAAGAAACAAUAUUGUUUAACUGUUGAACAAAUUAUGCAUAAAUUUUUAUUAAAACAGUUUCUGUAGUUGAAUUUCACAUACAAUACAAACUUUCUAUUGUU